UCUCUCAAUCACUUACUGCUAAAAGCUUUAAUUUCCCUCAACAGGAUUAUUGCCUAGUGGAGGGGGAUAACAUGCAAAGAUGAAAUUCACACUGAUUGUCUUUUGUAGUGUUUAGGAUUUAUAAGAAAACUUGAUUUCUUGAUCUGAAUACAAUUUUAUAGUUUUAAGAUUCAGGCACUGACCGGUUAAAGAACACACUAUAAGGCAAAAGAAAAAUGGCCCUAAAUCAGUAUUUUGAGGAGGGUGUUCCUCAAAGAAAUUCCUUGGAAGAUAAAUCAUCUCAGGAAAUGUGGAAAUGUGGCAGUGCUGAAGCUAUUUCAGGUUCUAGUGGCUUUGACUGCAACAUAUGCUUAGAUUGUGUGCAAGAUCCAGUGGUUACUCUUUGUGGUCAUCUCUACUGCUGGCCCUGCAUUUACAAAUGGCUUAAUUUCCAUGGCGAAAACAAAGAGAAGCAGAAGAAUAAGCCACAAUGUCCAGUAUGCAAAUCAGAUAUUUCACAGUCAUCCAUUGUUCCGCUCUAUGGCCGAGGCCUAACCACACCACCAUCCAAAGACCAUGCUCACCAAAUAGGGAAUGUCACACCACCAAGACCCCUUGCUCCUUCUUGGAUGACUAACUUACCGAGAUCGCUUGAAGCAGCAAAUGUUUCACAACAUACUUCUCAGGUUUAUCAUCCUCAUUAUCUUAACCAUUCUCAACAAUACACUUCACCAAUGCUUGACACAAGUGGUUCACUUACCAAUGCAUUGAAUACAACUUAUGGCGUCUUUGGUGAAAUGAUUUAUGCAAGGAUCUUUGGAAACCAAGUAACAAACAUAUAUACAUACCCGAAUUCAUACAAUCUUUCAGGGAUCAGUAAUCCAAGGAUCAGAAGGCAUUUGAUGCGAGCUGAUAAGUCGCUCAGUAGAAUCUGUUUCUUCCUCCUCUGUUGCACAGUUUUGUGUCUUCUCUUGUUCUGAUUGCUAUUUCAUGUUUUUGUGCAAUACAUUCCUGUAUAGAAUACAAGCGGUACCCGGGUUUAGUUAGAUGUAUCAUAUAUCAGAGAUGUGGCAUAUUUGUUGCUGAGAACAGGUGUUAUUAGUAUAAUUACCUGUCUCUAUGAGUUAUUUGAAUAAGUUUGCAUCUGUUUUAUUUUGGCUUUCAGCUUGUUAUAAACUAAACUGUAUUUAUAUUUCCGGAAGGAAAAAAUAAUAGAUGUUUGCAUUAGUUUGCAGUUGUGAUUCA